AUGUGCUUAAGACCGAGUCAAGAGGGAGUGGAGGAUGCCUUCAUCUGGCAACCAACUACAUCUGGUAUUUACUCUACCAAAUCCGGAUACCACUCAGCCAUGACCUCGACGCUUAGCCAAUCCAAUGUUACUUCAACUCCGAUAGCAUACUCCAUCGAAUGGUUCAAGGAUGUGUGGUCAGGUGCGAUGUCACCGAAGCUGAAAGUUUUCUUCUGGUCUACCCUACAAAAUGCAUUACCUCUCGGUGAGAAUCUACAAAAAAGGGGGAUCAACCUAGAGGUUAACUGUCCUAGAUGUGGGGAAAGAGAAACAACCACACACAUAUUUGCAUCAUGUCCCUUUGCUGAGCAGGUUUGGAAACUCAUACCUCUGAGUAAUGUAGUUCACCUAGCUACUGUGGAAUCUUUCGAGAAGCUUGUGAUCGCCUCCAGGAGUUUCAUUUGUCUCCCACCGUCAGGGAUCUCCACAAACAUCGUGCCUUGGGUAUGCUGGUACUUGUGGACGGCCAGGAACCAAUUGAUAUUUGAACGAAGGAGCAAAUCACCGGAGGAGGUUGCUACUGAUCAAAGUCUGAUAGCGUGCCGUGAAUGGACCUCUGCACAUCAGAAAACAGCAGAUCAAUCACCAGCCAUAUCUACCACGAGUCUACAACGACAGGAGCCGCCAAGUCCCUUACCUCCUACAACCACCGUGUGCAAUACAGACGCUUCCUGGAGAAAGGAAACACAGCGAGCAGGACUAGGAUGGAUCUUCACAGAACCACACUCAGGGACGAAAAUCAGAGGAUCAGAGGCUCAGGACUUCGUCUCCUCACCACUUCUGGCUGAAGCCCUUGCAUACCGAGCCAGUCUUCAUCACGCGAUUGCCCUAGGUUUCGACAACCUCCGGAUCCAAUCGGACAACCAAACGCUCAUUCGAGCCAUCAAUAGCAAGCACCCCCCAAAAGAGAUCUUUGGUGUCGUCUCCGACAUCAACUGUCUAGCUGCUUGUUUCGCUUCUAUCUCGUUUUCUUUCGUUUAUCGCUCUGCAAACUCUGAGGCUGAUGCUCUUGCAAAAGAGGCUCUCUUUCUAUUUUCGCUUGGGCUUGUAAUGGGAUAA